CCGGCGGUCACCUGGGGCUCGCAGGACAGCCAGAUCGUCGCAGGACCAGCUCUCUCACCCGCAGAGGUGGGAGAAGAGGCCGGGACUCCGGGUGCAGGGAGCGGUCUGGGGAGUGUGGCCAUCCCGUGUCUCUCCGAAGCGGAGAAUGCGGGAGCGCACCUCGGCGCCGCCGCCGCCGCUGCUGCUGCUGCUAGUGCUGCUGCUACUGCCGCCACUGAGGGGCGGCCCCCCGGACAGCCUGCGCCCGGUUCCCGAGUCGGAGCCGGGGCCUCUGCAGCCCUUUGACCAGCUCUACGCUAGCGGCGUGGCCGCCUACUAUAGAAAGGACUACGAGCUUGCGGUGCACGACUUGGAAGCGGCGCUGCGCAGCCACCGGCGCCUGCGGGAGAUCCGUGCGCGUUGCGCCCGCCACUGUGCCGCCCGCAGCCCGCUCGCGCCCCCGGGCGCUGGGCCCGGGGCGGAGCUGCCCUUCUUCCGUGCCUUGCUGGAGCGGGCGCGCUGUUACCACAGCUGCCAGACCCAGCGUCUUGGGGGCCCUGCGUCCCGCCACCGCGUCAGCGAGGAUGUGCGCAGCGACUUCCAGCGCCGAGUGCCCUACAACUACCUGCAGAGAGCCUACAUCAAGCUUAACCAGCUGGAAAAGGCGGUGGAAGCAGCCCACACAUUUUUCAUGGCCAACCCUGAACACAUGGAAAUGCAGCAGAACAUCGAGAAUUACAGAACGAUGGCUGGCGUUGAAACAUUCCAGUUGGUAGAUAGGGAAGCCAAACCACACCUGGAGAGUUACAGUGCAGGAGUCAAACAUUACGAGGUCGACGACUUUGAGCUAGCUAUCCAGUACUUUGAACAAGCUCUGAGAGAGUAUUACAGUGAAGAUGUGGAGUGCCGAGCCCUGUGUGAGGGGCCUCAGAGAUUUGAGGAGUAUGAGUACUUGGGGUAUAAAGCUGGUCUCUAUGAAGUCAUUGCAGAUCACUACGUGCAGGUGCUGCUGUGUCAGCAUGAUUGUGUGAGGGAACUUGCCACCCGCCCUGGCCGCCUCUCUCCAAUUGAGAACUUUCUUCCCCUGCAUUAUGACUACCUACAGUUCGCCUACUAUCGAGUUGGUGAAUAUGUGAAAGCCCUGGAGUGUGCCAAGGCCUAUCUUCUCCUCCAUCCGGAUGAUGAGGACGUCCUAGACAAUGUGGAUUACUAUGAGAACCUACUGGGUGACAGCAUGGACCCAGCGUCCAUUGAGGCCAGAGAGGAUUUGGCAAUGUUUGUGAAGCGUCAUAAACUGGAAUCAGAACUAAUAAAAUCAGCUGCAGAGGGCCUGGGAUUUUCAUACACUGAACCAAAUUAUUGGAUUCGAUAUGGAGGACGACAGGAUGAGAAUAGGGUCCCUUCAGGAGUAAACGUGGAGGGGGCAGAAGUUCAUGGAUUGUCAAUGGGGAAAAAAUCAUCACUCAAGAUAGACCGAGACCUAAGAGAGGGUGGCCCUCUGCUCUAUGAGAACAUCACGUUCGUCUACAACUCGGAGCAGCUGAAUGGGACGCAGCGGGUUCUCCUGGACAACGUCCUGUCAGAAGAACAGUGCCGGGAGCUGCACAGUGUGGCCAGUGGAAUCAUGCUUGUCGGUGAUGGAUACAGAGGAAAAACUUCACCCCACACACCCAAUGAGAAGUUCGAAGGCGCAACUGUCCUGAAAGCACUCAAAUUUGGUUAUGAAGGCCGAGUCCCACUGAAGAGCGCCCGUCUGUUUUAUGACAUCAGCGAGAAGGCUCGGAAGAUUGUAGAAUCCUACUUCAUGCUGAACUCAACCCUGUAUUUUUCCUAUACACACAUGGUCUGCCGAACAGCCCUGUCUGGUCAACAGGAUAGAAGAAAUGACCUCAGUCAUCCCAUCCAUGCUGACAAUUGCCUGUUGGAUCCAGAGGCCAAUGAAUGCUGGAAGGAGCCUCCUGCUUACACGUUCCGGGACUAUAGUGCUCUCCUGUACAUGAACGACGACUUUGAAGGAGGGGAAUUCAUAUUCACUGAAAUGGAUGCCAAGACUGUGACUGCCUCCAUCAAACCAAAGUGUGGCCGUAUGAUCAGCUUCUCGUCGGGAGGGGAGAACCCGCAUGGGGUGAAGGCAGUCACCAGGGGCCAGAGGUGUGCUGUGGCUCUGUGGUUCACCCUGGACCCACUUUACAGAGAACUGGAGCGAAUACAGGCUGAUGAAGUGAUCGCAAUCCUGGAUCAAGAAGAACAAGGGAAGCGUGAACUGCAUAUUAACCCGAAAGAUGAGCUAUGAAAAUGAGAAAGUGUUCUAUCAGAUAUUUAUUUAAAUUGUUAAUCUUAUGAGAACCUUUUUAUUUUUGUACAGAGCCGUGGUAUAAAUUAACAGGUUAAUACGUGUCACCACAUCUCCCUUCUGUUCCUAAGGAUGCUUGCUUUGCCUCACUUUGUCUGUCUGUAUGUCUUGGUUUUUCCAUCAGUUCAUUCAUCUCUCAUAACUCAGUCACCCCCUCCCCAACACACACACACACACACACACACACACACACACACACUCUGCAUCGGCUGCAGACCCAAAAGCUCAAGCAGAAAGAGUAAAUCCAUUUGGGGAAAAACUACACUCCCAUGCAUGCUGUUGUUCUAACGCUAGUGCAUGAUUGGGUCUCACAAGGCCUCUCUGGCUCUGCCACCCCCUCUCACGGUGCUGAUGGCUGUGAGUUUGAGUCUGCAGUGCCUGGUGGCUGCAGGGCCUGCACUGCCUGCUGCAUCACUGGGCGGAAGGGCCCCAGGCACUGAGCAGGAACUGCUCUGAUGAGUACUAUAUGAGAUGGAGCGGCCCGGCCUUUCCAAGGCCUUGAUGGGAUUUUGGGCUCUGGUGUUUUCACCGGAGAACAAACUUACACUGGAAGCUUCGAUUCACCCUCCGCAGUGCUACAGAAAGGAUGCCUGUCAGUUGAAAAGGUUGUUUGGGGGUUUCAAUGACUCUUCACCGCACUGACUUUGAAGAAAAAAAUCUUGAAGCCUGAAUUGGGCCCAUCAUCUGAGAGUGGAGGUCUUGGGUAAGAAGGAGCAUUUUACUCCUAAGAAAAAUAGGAUUCCUGGUGGAUUUCAGUCUUCAUCUGCAUAGAGUUUUGUGGCCCCUCCUCUUUGCUGCUGUCCAGCAUGUGGACUUGUUCUCGUGUCUGAUUUGUUUAAUAAAGGGAGGCUUAUUUUAAUA